AUGACAUUUGCCACCGAUAUUAUCGAGCUUGUUAAUCAUUCUGUCGCUGAAAACAGUGACAAGGCCAACCCAAAUACACGUGCAGUUGCUGAGUAUAAGUGUUUUGAAGGUCACGUCGUACCAGGAACGACAAACAUUGUCCACACUUCAUCCUGCUCUGUUGACGAAGGAGGCUGGAAUAUGAACAUCAUUGGCUGUCUACCCAUAGACUGCGGAGAGCCUCCGUUUGUGGAGCAUGCUGUGGUCGAUAUAACAGGUACAACGUACGAGUCAACAGCUUCUUAUUCUUGUGAGUCCCCUCUGUUUGCCAUCGGAUUCCUGAACUCUUCAACCUGCUCUUCAUCCGGAAACUGGACAGUGACCACAAUAUCUGGCACGACGCAGAAGACCCUUAAAAUCCCCGAAAGCAUUCCCAUUGGAAACACCAGCGUUUUUGUAGUCAAGCCCAAUUCACUGGCUUUAUCUGAAGUUGACAUUACUUACGAGUAA